AUGGGUAAUUUGGAGGUUGACGAAAUCGAAGAUGCUGAAAUGGGAAUCAUCAGUCAGAUGCAACAACAGGAGUUUGCCAAAGAGUUUUCUGCACUGCAAAAAGGAAAACAGCUUCCAAAAGACAGCAAACUCAUUGGACUCCAGCCAAUAAUCGAUGAAGAGGGACUAAUUAGAUGCAGUGGCAGACUGAAAUAUGCUGACUGCUUGUCUUGGGGAGCACGAGUUCCAAUAAUCUUACCUCGUAAGAACUGGGUCACAAGGCUUAUUGUGAAACAUUACCACGAAGCGGGUAAACAUGCAGUAGGUACUAAUCAAACUUUAGCUGCUCUAUCCUCAAAAUACUGGGUCAUUGCUGCUCGUGAAGAGAUUCGAGCAUGGGAGACAGAAUGUGCCUUUUGUCGGAGACAAAAAGCUCAACCGAGACCUCAGAUUAUGGCUCCACUUCCAAAGCUGAGAGUUAGCUAUUCACUGAGAGCAUUUACUCAUGUUGGAGUGGACUAUGCAGGGCCUUUUCUGACUAUCCAAGGGAGGUUAAAGAAGAGACAAAAACGAUAUUUGUGUCUUUUCACGUGUUUGUCCACUAGGGCUGUACAUUUGGAAAUGUCAUAUGGUCUAGAUAGUGACUCGUUUUUGAAUGCUUUCUUCCGCAUGACAAAUAGACGAGGAAUGCCAAAAGAAGUCGUAUCCGAUAACGGAACUAACUUUGUAGGCGCUGUGAAGGAAUUGAGAGAUCUGGUUGAACAACUUGAUGCGACUGCGAGAUCAUCAUUGACUAAUAAGGGAGUCGUCUGGAGAUUCAACCCUCCUCAUGCACCACAUUUUGGUGGUGUAUUUGAAUGCAUGAUUAAGUCAGCUAAGAGAGCUAUCUUUGCCAUUCUGGGUAAAGGCGAUGUCACGGAUGAAGAGCUAACUACAGCAUUUACUGCCGCAGAAGCACUCAUAAAUUCUCGUCCACUCACUUAUCAAAGUGCUAACUGCCAAGAUGAUGUACCGUUGACCCCAAAUCAUCUUAUGCACGGGCAAGUCGGUGGAACAUUUGCUCCAGAUAGUGUUGAUACUACGUCAUACAACCCCAGAAAACGAUGGAGACGAAUACAGGAACUGGUGAGGCACUUCUGGAGGAGAUGGUUGAGGGAGCUACUACCAACUCUUCAAGUCAGGAAGAAGUGGAGAGAGGCUAACCGCAAUCUGAAGGUAAAUGAUGUCGUCAUCGUAGUUUCACCAGAUUCUCCACGUGGAAGCUGGCCUUUGGGGAGAAUCAUCAACACAUAUCCAGGCAAGGAUGGACAUGUUCGAGUGGUACAAGUAAAGAUGGGGAAAACUACGCUGAUGAGACCUGUGACGAAGGUGUGUCCACUCGAGUGGAAUUCGGAGGAUGACUUGAGAGAACAUUAA